AAGCUACGAAUACGCGAUGAAGAAUGGGACCGCCGUAUGCACGAGGUUCAGGUAUCCAAAACGGACCUUAACCGCCUCAUCAUGGAUUACCUCGUUAUUGAGGGGUACAAGUCUGCUGCUGAGGAAUUUAGCCAAGAGGCCAAUCUAACGCCGCCAGUUGAUUUUGAGAGCAUUGAGAGCCGAAUGAAUAUUCGCGAAGCUCUACAACGUGGUGACGUGGAGGACGCCAUCACUCGCGUCAAUGAUCUCAAUCCGGAGAUAUUGGACACAAAUCCGGCACUAUACUUUCAUCUACAGCAACAGAAGUUGAUAGAGUUUAUACGUCAUGGACAAAUUGCCGACGCCCUGCAAUUCGCACAGGAGGAAUUGGCACCCCGUGGCGAGGAGAGCCCGGAGUUCCUAACGGAGCUGGAACGAACCAUGGCUCUCUUGGCGUUCGAGUCGACAUCGUCAACGCCGACGCCAAUAUCGGACCUUUUAUCACCUGCGCAGCGUCUGAAAACAGCAGGCGAGAUGAAUGCCGCAAUUUUGGAGAGCCUCAGUCAGGCGAAGGAAGUGAAGUUAGUGGGUCUCUUGAAGCUGCUCAGCUGGGGUGAGACGAUGCUGGAGCCAAGGGCGGAAUUUCCCAAGGUGGGGAACACGGAAUGACACGUACACAUGCAAUGAACAGAUAUCGAACAUCGAAGAUCAAGAGCAUUUUUUAUUACCCAGUGAUUGUGAAGACUAUGUUGGCUGUAUUUCUAGAAUGUAUGAUUUUGCGGAUACACUCAUUGCCAAAACUUGGGAGAAUGAAAAGGA